UCAUCAAAAGAUAAGUUAAAAACAAUCUAGUACUAGUACUAGUUAGCAGUCUUCUGAAUCUAACAAAAAAAUGGAAACUAUAGGAGUACUAAUGGUAUGUCCAAUGUCAUCAUACUUAGAACAACAACUCGAAAAGCGAUUCACCCUCUUACGUUACUGGAACUUCUCCGACAAGAAACAAUUCAUCAACGACUACGCGCAUUCCAUAAGCGCUGUUGUUGGCAAUGCUGCUGCUGGUGCUGAUGCAGAACUUAUCGAGGCCUUACCCGAGCUAGAAAUUGUGGCUAGUUUUAGUGUUGGUUUAGAUAAAAUUGAUUUGAACAAGUGUAAAGAGAAAGGUAUUAGAGUGACCAAUACACCUGAUGUGUUGACUGAUGAUGUUGCUGAUCUUGCUAUUGGAUUAAUGUUGGCUGUGCUUAGGAGGAUUUGCGAAUGUGAUCGCUAUGUUAAGAAGGGGUUGUGGAAGGCUGGUGAUUUCACGUUGACUUCUAAGUUUAGUGGUAAAACAGUUGGUAUCAUAGGAUUAGGCAGGAUUGGCUUAGCAAUUGCAAAGAGAGCAGAAGCUUUCAACUGUCCAAUCAGUUACUACGCACGAUCAGAAAAGCCAAAUACAAAUUACAAAUACUAUCCAACUGUAGUUGAGUUGGCUACCAACUGCGAGAUCCUGGUCGUGGCGUGUGCACUAACCCCCGAGACUCGUUACAUUGUCAAUCGAGAAGUCAUUGAUGCAUUAGAUGCAAAAGGGAUUCUUAUCAAUAUUGGAAGGGGUCCUCAUGUUGAUGAAAAAGAGAUGGUAUCUGCUCUUCUUGAUGGUCGAUUACGGGGCGCUGGCCUUGAUGUGUUUGAGAAUGAACCUGAAGUACCUGACAAGUUGUUUGGCCUUGAGAAUGUCGUCCUGUUGCCUCAUGUAGCCAGUGGCACAGAGGAAACACGCGGGGAAAUGGCUGACAUUGUUAUUGGCAACUUAGAAGCUCACUUUCAGAACAAACCACUGUUAACUCCAGUGGUUUACCAUUUCCUGUCGACUAUGGAGAAAAUAGGAGUAUUAAUGACAUGUCCAAUGUCAUCCUACUUAGAACAACAACUCAACAACCGUUUCAACCUCUUCAGAUUAUGGGAAACACCUUCAAAACCCGAGUUCUUGAAUCACAACAGUAACUCAAUCCAAGCCAUUGUAGGUAACGCGUUUUUUGGUGCUGACUCGGAACUCAUAGAUGCAUUGCCGAAUUUGGAAAUCGUAUCGAGUUACAGUGUGGGUUUAGAUAAGAUUGAUUUGGAUAAGUGUAAAGAGAGAGGGAUUAGAGUUAGUAAUACACCUGAUGUGUUGACUGAUGAUGUAGCUGAUACAGCUAUUGGAUUGGCAUUGGCUGUGCUUAGGAGGAUUUGUGUUGCUGAUGGGUUUGUGAGAAAUGGGGUUUGGAAAAAUCAAGAUUUUGAGUUGACAACAAAGUUCAGCGGUAAAUCAGUUGGCAUAAUUGGAUUGGGCAGAAUUGGUUCAGCAAUAGCAAAGAGAGCUGAAGCUUUUGGAUGCCCCAUUAGCUACCACUCCAGAUCCAAGAAACCAAACUUAAACUACAAAUACUACUCUACUGUGGUUGAUUUGGCUGCAAAUUCUGAAAUCCUUAUUGUUGCAUGCGCUUUGACUGAAGAAACACGACACAUUGUUAAUCGCAAAGUGCUUGAUGCAUUAGGUCCAAAAGGCAUCUUAAUCAACAUAGGACGAGGUGCACAUGUAGAUGAAUCGGAACUUGUAGCUGCACUGAUUGAAGGUCGUAUUGGUGGGGCUGGUCUUGACGUUUAUCAGAAGGAACCAGAGGUUCCUGAACAAUUGUUCGGACUUAAGAAUGUCGUUUUAUUGUCCCAUGCCGCAAGUGAUACAGUAGAAACUUGCACGGCCAUGGCGGACCUUGUUAUUGCAAACUUGGAAGCUCAUUUUCUUCACAAACCAUUGUUGACUCCUGUGCUCUGAACAUGUUCAUUCAUCAGUGCUUGCUGGGCAAUCAGUAGGAGUUGUUUCUUUGAACAGAUUGAACAUUUCCAAGAUUCUGGAAAAUUGUAUUCUUUUCUAUUUAAUGAUAAAAUCCUACAAUGCUGCAUUUGUAGGGUA